AUGCAAGCUCUAUGCCACGCCUGCGAGUCCAUUGCCUUAUCUGCUGCGCCGUCGUUUCACAUCUGUCUCAGCAACGCGCCCUACAUACUUUUCAAAAGCUCAUAUCCUAAGGAUGAAAUCGGUGGAGCGCCGAUCGCGGGCGCUCUCACGCAGAUACGUGAAGGCCACGCGGUUGCUCCUUCCGGUAAUACCACUCCACAAUCCAUGCGAGAGGACGAGAUCAAACCUCGUAGCUUACGUUUCACGUGGAGCAUGAAAACAACUAGUAGUCUGGCGCCUGAUGAAAUGAUGAGGGAAAUUCGAAAGGUGCUCGAUGCCAACAAUUGUGAUUACGAGCAACGUGAAAGAUACUUGAUUCUUUGCGUACAUGGCGAUCCAAAUGCAGAUUCUUUGGUACAGUGGGAGAUGGAGCUCAGAGGCCCAAACGGUUUCCUGAAUGGAGUGCGUUUCAAGAGAAUCUCGGGAACUUCGAUCGGGUUCAAGAAUAUCGCGUCUAAAAUUGCACAAGAGCUCAACUUGUAG